AUAAAAAAGAUUGACAAAAACCAUAGGAUCUUGUUGUCAUUAAGACUUCAGUCUGUCAGUGAAGUGGGAGAUAAUUCCAUGGAGGAAAAAGAUCCUAUUAGUCAUGACCAUGGUAGUGCAAGUUCAGGUGAUGUCAAGAAAGUCAGAGACCUCUAUAAUCGGGGAGAAGAAGCCAUAGAGUACCUCAACCUAUAUCUUAAAAAAGCUAAAGAAGUAGGAGACAAGCAUGGGGAGGGUAACGCUUAUGGCAGUCUUGGCAAUGCUUAUCACCGUCUGGGUGAUUUCAAAAAAGCCAUAGAGUACCACAACCUACAUCUUAAAAUAGCUAAAGAUAUAGGAGACAAGCAUGGGGAGGGUGAAGCUUAUGGUAAUCUUGGCAAUGCUUAUGACAGUCUGGGUGAUUUCAAAAAGCCAUAGAGUACCACAACCUACAUCUUAAAAUAGCUAAAGAUAUAGGGGGCAAGCAUGGGGAGGGUAACGCUUAUGGCAAUCUUGGCAAUGCUUAUGACAGUCUGGGUGAUUUCAAAAAAGCCAUAGAGUACCACAACCUACAUCUUAAAAUAGCUAAAGAAGUAGGAGACAAGCAUGGGGAGGGUGGUGCUUAUGGCAAUCUUGGCAAUGCUUAUAUUAGUCUGGGUGAUUUCAAAAAAGCCAUGGAGUACCACAACCUA